UCGUCGUGUGCUGACUGACAGGUGCUGGGAUAGCAAUAAAUACUGGUCCUCCAGCAUCAGCAGUCAGUGUGUCGCUCAGUGCUGGAAGUAUAGCGCAGGGCAGUGUUAUACAUCGUGGGCAAUAUAGGAUAUGUAUCAGUUACAAAUGCAUUACUGCUACUGAUAUAGGAUGCUGUUGUUCUGUGAGCUAUACUGUAUAGCCUGCAUAUUGACAUUAUAAAACGUUUUAAGUGAAAAUCGCCACUUAAACCAUUAAUAUGAAUUUCCUGACCAGAGUACUGUCGUUUGGUUUGUUGCUACAGACAGCACUGUCAUUGCCCAGCUACCGGUACCACACCACUUUGGACACGGGUGGACAACUGACCUUGGAUUGGGACGUGGACAGGGUCCAGCAGAAGGUCAAGUUUCGGUUAACCGCCAAACUUGACCAUCACAAAAACAGGUGGUUCGGUCUUGGUUUCUCGGACUACGGAAUGAUCACCGACGCCGACUUUGCUGUAUAUUGGACGGACACAAGAGUUCAUCACUUCCAGGACUGCUGGACAGACGACCGUGGCCUAUUACAUGUCGACAGGCACCAGGACUUUAUUUUGAUGACGUCAUCUAUAGACAAGGGCCGGCGCAUUCUGGAGUUCCAAAGACGAUACGACACAUGUGAUGCUCACGACUAUAUUAUUGAGAAUGGUACAACUCAUAUACUGUUCUUCAUUGGCGAGUCUAGUCCCCAGAGCCUGGAGGGAGUGGCUCUGUCUGAUCUGGGGGUUCAGAUUACUCGGGUACAGCUUCUCAAACCGGAAAUUCCCGUCCCCGUGUAUCCAAGUGACACGUGGAUAUUUGACGUCACAACUCCAUCGAUAACUGUUCCUGACACGGAUACAACAUAUUGGUGGUACCUCACCAGACUACCUCACCUCUCCGACAAACACCAUAUCAUCAAGUACGAAAGUGUCAUUCAGCGGGGAAGUGAGCAUCUAGUCCAUCAUAUGGAGGUGUUUCAGUGUGAAAUCCAUCCUGAUGACGACAUCAAACCUUAUAACGGUCCUGGCAUGGCGGAAGGGAAGCCACCGGAACUGUCAACAUGCCGGAAUGUCAUCGGAGCAUGGGCAAUGGGAUCGGGCCCGUUCAUACUACCCCCAGAUGCUGGUAUACCUAUAGGCGAGAGAUCCGCUUCGUCCUUCAUCCUCCUAGAGAUCCACUACAAUAACCCUAAUUUACUUAAAGGAAUAGUGGAUUCCUCGGGAAUUAGAUUUUAUGUCACGCGCCAUUUACGUCGCCAUGACGCCGGGAUUAUGGAGCUUGGAUUGGAAUACACCAACAAAAUGGCCGUUCCGCCUGGCCAGACGUCAUUUCCCCUAAGAGGAUACUGUAUUGCCGAAUGUACGAAAGUGGGACUUGGACAUCACAGUAUCCAUAUAUACGGGUCACAGUUGCAUACACAUAUGACGGGAAGAAAAGUAUAUACCAAACACUUACGUGAAGGGGUGGAAUUACCAGAACUCAACAGGGACAACCAUUACAGUCCACAUUUCCAGGAAAUCCGUCGUCUUCCUGUUCCAGUCGAAAUUCGUCCGGGUGACGCACUAGUGACAACAUGCGAUUACCACACGGAGGACAGACCAAACGUAACAGUGGGAGGUUUCUCCAUAAAGGACGAGAUGUGUGUAAACUACGUACAUUACUACCCCCGGACCAACCUCGAGGUCUGCAAGUCAUCCAUACAAACAUCCAGUCUCCAUAAGUUCUUCAGCUUCCUCAAUGUGUGGGACAAGGCGGACACGUCGCAGACGAAGGGUGACAGAGAUAAUUACAGCUCUAUCCGCUGGUCGACCACCACAACUAAACUACUGCUGUCUCUGUAUGACAUGGCACCACUCUCCAUGCAGUGUAACAAGUCGGACGGCACACGCUUUCCGGGAGUAUGGGAGUCAGCACAGAAACCACUGAUAUAUCUACCUCUCCCCAAGCCAAAGUCCCGAUGUCGUCGUCUCCGCUUGUUGAAUUGAUUUAUGUAAUCAGAUUACAUAUUGGAUUUCUUAAAGCAUCGACACAAAGCAAUUGACAAUUCAAAUAUUAAAAAAGACA